AUGAUACGUAUUGUAAGGUUUGGUGGAUCAAAUCGCAUUAUGAAGAUGAAUCGUCAUUCUAACUCUGAAUGUCCUUCGGAGGAUGUUGAACUCAGGACUAGAGUAUUUGUCAAGAUGAAAGUUGUUAGAAAAACGAAACUGGAAAAACGAGAAAUAAGACAAAAUGGAGCAGGCAUCUACCAAGGAAAAAUCAAUAAAGGCGGUCAGCCAAGACGUCGUCUUUCGGAUCAUCUCGAGACAAUUAAUCCUGCUCCAGUGCGAACUCGUAGAAGAAGCGUGUCUUUUGAUCCCGUCACCGUUUUAAAAACGGCCAUUCUCGAAAACGACUUUGCAACUACGGAAGACGUGUUGAUGUCGGGAAAAUUAAACAUAGAUUUACAAUUGGACGGCGUUUUGCCCGUUGUUCUAGCCGCAAGAGAAGGUUGUACAGAGUGUUUAGAUAUUCUUAUACAGAAUGGUGUGUCUAUUGACGUCCAAGAUAAACGUGGAUGUACUCCCCUCGAACUUGCUGUGCAAGGAGGUCAUUAUGAAUGUGCGCAAAUGCUUAUUGCAGCAGGGGCUAGCGAUAAUUCAAUACGGAAUGGAUAUUUUGACGAAGCAAUCGAGAAUGGAAGAUAUACGGACUUAGGUAGACGACGAUCGCGGACUUUUUAA